AUGGAGCACACCCACCACGUCGAGUACACCUCACCCGGCCCUACUUGCAGAAUUUCCAUGCUCUGGAACUUGACCACCAUAGACACCUGCUUUCUCGCCUCGCACUGGCACGUCCACACCCCAGCGGAGUUCGCCGUGACCUGCAUCAGCGUUCUCCUCCUCGUCAUGCUACUCGAAGGCCUCCGGCGGACCGGGAAGGCAUACGACCGGUCCAUUGUGCGAGGGUUCGAGAAGCGAAGCGCCGCUCCGAACUCGUCUGCCGCUUCCGCUUCCGCUGACGAGGAUGGCGGGAAGGGCUGGAGCGCGCCACGCGGGACGCAGGCCGCUGCUGGUUCAGUACUGCGGAGAAGGUUCCGGCCGAGCGCCGUGCAGCAGGCCGCGAGGACGCUGUUCCAUGCGCUGCAGUUUGCGGUUGCUUAUGUGGUUAUGCUGUUGGCGAUGGGCGCGAAUGGGUAUAUCGUCUUCUGCAUCUUCGCGGGGGCUUACGGUAAGUUUGUUAUUCUUAGCUGGGAGACUGCGCUGUCUCGUGAGUGGAACUGA